AGGGAAAAAUCCCAGUAAAAGCAUUAAUCGAUACAAUAUCUAAAUCCAAUACUAUUAGCAAGUACUUGUAUAAUAAGCUUGAAGAAGAUUAUGGGUUAGAAGAUGGUACCGAAAUGCGUGAAGCAAAAAUUAGCUUUGGAUUUUCUCUGAAAAAUUAUAAGCGCUAUGCUAAAAUUGAGAUAGAUGAUAUGAGUAUCCCAUUAAUCGAAGAAGAUAGCAGAUCUACAGGUGACUCUUUGAGCCAUAAAGCCAGCUUCACUAAAAAUAACUUAUCUAUUGCAGAGCAGACCGUAUUGUAG